AUGAAGCUCACGAGGUCAUUGGUAGGGGCCCUGAUUAUGAUGUUGAAGGAGGCAAUGGAGAGCGAAGGAAGAGAGGCCUUGAUACUCGCAAAGGCUUCGUUGAUCACCUCUACCGUCAACUCGCACGUGGGCCUACAUCAUCCAAACUUCGUGUUUAGAGAUGAUGAGAACCUCCGCUUUGGCGAGCCAAUUGCUGAAAAUCUUCUCAAUGCAAUCAAGUGCUCUAAGGUUUCAAUCCCAGUCAUCUCGGAAAAUUAUGCUGCUAGCGAAUGGUGCCUUCGCAAACUCAUUCAUAUUAUGGAGUGCAAGGAAACUGGAGGACAAAUAGUCUUGCCUGUGCUGUACAAGGUGAAACCCAAGGAUGUGAAACACAUGCCAGGGAAAUUUGGAGAGGCCUUCAAAUCUGGUAUGCAUCGUUUCAAGGAGGAUGUCAAGCAACAAGGGCCGGAAGCGCUCAAAAAAGCACUUACUCUUCGAGUAUACGAAUCAGAGGUGUUUGCUAGUGGGCAUGAAGGGGAAUUGGUAAAUGAACUCGUAGAAACAAUAUUGUGUGAGCAGCAAUAUGAUCUCCAACCACAUCUUCCCAUAAACUUGGUUGCAAUCAAGGAUCGUGUGGCUGAGGUUAUGGAAUUGGUGGAUCUUGCUUGCCCGGACACUCGAAUUAUUGGGAUUUGGGGGAUGGGCGGCAUCGGUAAGACAACCCUAGCUACGAUCAUCUAUAAAAAGCUUUUUGACAAGUUUUGGUGUGCAUUUGAAGGGGAACAAUGUCCCACAGGACUCACAGAUCUUUCUCGUGAUAUUGUUGCCACCACGGGAGGACUUCCCUUAGCUCUCAAGGUUAUAGGUUCACUUCUCAAUGGAGAAAAAGAUCAAAUGGUGUGGAGAGAGAGGCUGGAGAAAUUGAGGAAUGUACCUACUGAGGAUGUACAAGAAAAGUUGAGGAUAAGUUAUGAUACAUUAAAGCAUGAAGAGAAACGGAUGUUUCUAGAUAUUGCAUGUUUUUUCAUUGGAACUGACAAAAGAAUUGCCACCUACUUUUGGGCAGAUCUCAAAUUCUUCCCAAGAAUUGGAUUGCAAAUAUUGAUUAACCGAUCAUUAAUAAAAAUUGAUGAUAUGAAUCGGUUUACAAUGCAUGAUCAACUAAGAGAUUUAGGUAGGGCUCUCACCUAUCCAGUAGAGAAGAAGCCUUGGGAAUGGAGCAGACUACGGGAUGAGGAAGUCAUGAGAGUUCUACGACGCAAGAUGGAGAACUUGAAAGUUCUCAAUCUUUCGCGGUGCACAGAAUUAAAGAGCACCCCUAAUCUCUCUGUAUUUAAAAAUUUAGAGAUGCUAAUCCUCAAAAGCUGUGUUUGUUUGGAGGAAAUUGACCCUUCCAUUAGAGAUGUCAAGCGCCUCAUUUCCUUGAACUUGAGUCGCUGUGACAGAUUUAAGAAAUUACUUGAACAACUUGGCGAACUAGAAAAUUUGGAGGAACUUGUCGUAGAUUACAUUUCGAUAAAAGAAAUCCCUUCAUGUAUAGGAUCUCUGAAGCAACUGAAGAGGUUUAGUGCUGGUGGAUUUUCGCCACUUACUGAAGUUCCCAUGUUAGGGGAUUAUGACAAGUUGCCACCAAUCCCUCCUUCAAUUGGGAAGUUGGGAGAGUUGGUUGUGUUGAAGUUGCUAAAUGCAUCGAUUACGGGAUUGCCCGAAUCUAUUGGGGAAUUAAACAAAUUGAAAAUUUUGUGGCUUCAUGGUAGCAAGAUAGAAAGGUCACCGAGCUCUAUUGGAAAAUUGCAAAGCCUCGAAGAGCUGGAUGCCUCCCAUUGCUAUAACCUUGAAGGACAAAUUCAUGUCGAUAAAGGUGGAUUGUCUUCUCUAAAGACCCUAAAUUUAUUCAGAAUAAAUAUUUCUGGCUUGCCGGAAAACUUAGACCAACUUUCUUCUCUCGAGCGCCUCAAUUCAAGUGGCUGUGAAGAGCUUGAGUCACUCCCAAAACCUCCUUGUAGCUUAUCAUCCCUCUAUCUCACCUGUCAGAGCAAUGAGCUGGCAUCGCUCUCUCACCUCAAGCAUCUACAGGUGCUCUUUAUUGAAAAAUGCAUGUCUCUUCAAAGCAUCCCAAAGCUUCCCUCCUGCAUACGGAGGCUUAGCGUUUGGGUAUGUCCCAAAUUGGAAAGGUUGCCAAAGCUUUUUGAUUUGGAAUUUUUGUCGUAUUUACGGCUCGAGGAUUGCUAUGGACAGAAGAAAUUGGAUGGACUGGAAGCUUUAAAAUCCCUAAGAGAGUUGAACCUAUCCAUACACCCAGAGUCCUCCGCCGGCUACGGCGUUGAUGUAGAGGAUGCAAAGGUAGAUAAUCUCCAUGCGAUACGAGGCCUCGAAAAAUUGGGAUCCCUUGAAGUUGUAAAUAUCUCUGGGCGCAAGCACAUUCAAGUACUGGACCUUUCAAAGUCGGAGCAUCUGAAGGAGUUGAUUGAGUAUAGUCGGAUUUUCAUGAGGAAGCCAACGAGGUUGCGGAAGACUUGGUGCGAUUCUGGGCAUUGGGGUAAGAAGCAAAGGAGGGUGGAAAUCGAGCACAGAGAGAAGAGGAAGAGAUUGAGGGGUCCACCAUCAUCUGGUGGUCUGUUUCUGUCCUACUUCCGGUGGAUGACGAUGGGAUUGACUGAUUCGAAACUUGAAUGGAAGCAUCUUCAUGUUGGGUCUUCAUUGCUUCCGGUUGCCAUAUCUUUGGAGUCCAGGCAAGAAGGUUGGUCCACGAUUGAGCCGUGCCCUCAAUCGCUAGUGCUGCAUUGUUCCGUCAUGGAGUCUCUCCCCGAUUUGCCUGCUAAAACUCCAUAUGUGCUGUUUGGGAAGCUUUAUUGUGGAAUAAGGAAGAAGAUCAAUCUUUGGAGCUUAGUUUGGAGGCUUUAG